GGGGUUGAGGGUGAUGACGCCAGCUUGCAAUGUAGCUGGAGCCGGGCAGAGUUCAGUGGGACUUCUGCUCCCGUGAAGGAAGCCCAAGCUGGCAGCACCACCUACAGGCGAGAAGGCGCAUUGAUUUCUUCCGACCCUGCGGAUUGCCGGGGGAAAGAAAGUAAAAGGCCGAACCAAACGUUGUCAUUUGAGGUUUACGCUAAUGCCACUUGAAAGCACGCCAAAUCGGACAGAACAGCCUGGUGGGGCAGAGAAAGCGCUGAACUCAGAGCAAUUCCAGUCCACCGACUCUCAUUGGAUAUAUUUGGGGAAGCCGCUCUCCCUUGGCCCCACCUGUGCAUGUGCAAAGGGAAGCUGAGCAAUUUCCGGCUAAAAAAUGGCGGACGAUAAGGAUUCUCUGCCAAAAUUGAAAGAUCUUGCUUUUUUGAAGAAUCAGUUGGAAAGUUUGAAACAAAAAGUUGAAAAUGAAGUACAGGCUGGAGUGGGGCAGGAUGGUUCUUGGCUGGCCUCUCCAUUUGUCAAAGGAUUUCUUGCUGGAUUUGUUGUAGCCAAACUAAGAUCUUCAGCAAUCAUGGGCUUUUUGGUGGGGAGUUGUACUGGAGUGUUUGCUGCUCAGACGUAUGCAAUUCCUGAUGUCGAAAAGACAGUCAAAGACUAUUUCAAUUCAUCCAGGAAAAGAUCAAACUAGAAAUGCAACAAUAUUCAUGCAACAGUAUACUCCAGGGGUAUCAGCUUUUCAUCUCUUUCAGUUCUACAUAGGUCAAAACAUUUAGCUCCACUUUAGACAUACUUAUUAAUUGGAAAAGUAUUUUAUAAUGGACAAAUAAUAACAUUUCAGCAGGUCUGCUUUUUAAGGUUCACAGUUCUAGAAUGAAACUGAUGCUGCUUGCUUCAACUGUCCUGGUCAGAUGAGAGCCUGGGUUUGGAUAGCAAGGCAGUUUCUUUAAUGGAGCAAAAAGCAACUGAUACGGCACGCCUGCUAUAAAUGUGCCCAUGCCAGGAAACACAGUGUGAGAUACCAGCUUUCUCCUGAUCAUGUAUUUAUAUAAUACUGACAUGCAUUUCUUUCCUUUCCUGAUUUUGCUGAUUUGAGUCCUUAUUUGUGCAAGCAUCUACUUGCCACAAAGAUAAUGUAGAUUUCUUCUUUAAAAAACAAAAGGUGCUUUUUUCCCUUUUCUCGAUGCAUCCUGAAAAAUUAUCACUAAAUACUAGAAAAUUAUCACUAAAUACAACUUCUUGCUGUUGUAUUUUUGGUAUUGUGGGUACUGCUGAUCCUAUUAUCUCUAGUUGCUUUAUACUAUGUUUUAAAAUUUUAAUGGCUAGAAUCUUUGCCAUCUCUAUUUUACUUUUAAUUGCUUUAAAUAAAUGAUUGGUAUUCUAAUUCUUCCUGCACCAAAAAGACUGACUCAGCAUAGGCAACCUGCAAGGCUGGAAACUCUCGGUGCCCUCUGUAUGACCUGCCUUUGACAGAUGGCUACAGUUUAACCUUUCUUGACCUCAGUUAAGCUUUCUAGGUCCCAUACUUUUGGAUAUUUUAGUUAUCUGUAGUAAAACUACUGAAGACACAAGAUCUUAAUGAAUCUCCAAAAUCACUUUUUUUUCAUGUAUUUGUUUACUUGUAAAACUACCUUUUACUUAGGAGCUCAAGGCAGUAGACAAUGCUCCCCUCUUUUCCUCCAUAACAAUUCUAUGGGCUACAUCAGAGUGACUGCCCCAAAGUCUUCUGAUGAACUGCUUUAAUCAGAUUUCCACCAUUACACUAUACACUAAAACAGGGGUCUUUAAACUUGCCAUUCUUUAAGACUUGUGGACUUCAACUCCCAGAAUUCCUCCUCCAGUCAUGUUAACUCAGGAAUUCUGGGAGUUGAAAUCUACAAGUCUUAAACUGGCCAAGUUUGAAGACUCUUGCACUAAACAUACUUUUUGUUGUUGUUGUUUUACUGUGAAUGUGGUAAUUCAUCUGUCAAGAAACUAAGCAACUGGAUUCCUAGGAGGUCUCAUUUGAGUAUAUUUAUUAUAUAUUAAACCUUUCCACUAAAUAAUGUAUGUGUGUAUGGACUGUCAUAACUGGGUUGCAACACACACACACACACACAUAGCCAAUAGAUGACGGCAAAGAUUUGUUGACUUCUUGCACUGAAAGAAAAUAUUUCUCUCUGAAAUAUAGCUGUAGAUACAUAGAGCUACUGUAUCUAAGUUGUAAAAUAUGGAUGAACCCUGGAUGGCAGCAAAUUUUGUGCAAGAUAUUGAAUCAAGUCUUUUCAGAUAGUUCAAAGCAUAUUGUGGGAAGAAAAGGCCGAAAUAAAGUAUCAGAUUUUAUGUAAUUCAGUUAUAUUUCAUACAAGACCCUCUGCUAGAUACAGGGUGCGUGAUCUGUGGUGGUCCAAAGUGGCAUAGGAAUGUAUGCCCUCUCUUUCGUGUACACUUUGACAGUUUCCUGAAGAUAUUGAUCCACACCUUCACAAAGCUCUUAUACCUCAACAAGUACUGUAUUACACAUUACAGUUUUCUCUUGUAAACUAUACUGUCUUAGGAAAAUGGACAUAUCAUGUAAUGUUGCUCAAACGAUUAUGUACCUUCACUGUGUGUGUGUGUGUGUGUGUGUGUGUGUUUAUAUACACACACACACAGGCACUCCUUCAGUUUCUUACGAACACGUGUGUGUAUGCACAUGUGCAUGUAUGUGUAUGUGUAUAUGCAUGGCUUUUGGCCAUAAAUAAUAAUUAUUGAUACACAGUAUAUAAAAAUGACUAUGAAUUGAAUGGUUUAUCAUAAAGUAUAAUCCCUCUCUAAGGUAACAGUUUUACCUUAGACUACCAAUUAAGUUCUGUUUCAAUCUUUAAUCUUAUUUCCCUGAUGAUAAAAGCAGAUUCUUGUAUAGAAGCCUAUUAUUUUUCCGUAUGGGGUAAAAGUGCCUGGAACUACUUUGUCUGUCAGAUCUUCAUUCCAGAAGACAUUAAGAGAUUGUUUUGUUUUACUGCGUAGUCAUGAUUUUGAAAAAUCUAUUAUGAUAGUAAGAAAGUGGGACCUUAGAAAGCAAUCUUCCAUUUUCUGGCUACCUAAUGGCUAGAUUUCUGAAUCUUGGGAAGGGAAAUAUGUAUGUUUUUUUUAUGAGUAGUACUAGAAUAUUGUCUCCAAGAUGUCCAUCUCUAUUCCUGCAGCUUUUUUUUUAUCAUACUCGGAGUUGUGUUGGAAGAUGAUAGGCUCACCCAAGUGCCAGUUAAUCACUCUGAUGCGAAUAUUUGAAUGUUAUUCUUUUCUAAAGAUUCGCUCUAACACAAAUAUCUUAUAAACAUUAAGGUGAUUAAGUGCCUUUUGCAAGCUGGUUUUGUUAUUCUGUAUUUUUUGCUUUUAUAAAGAAUAUAUUGCUCCCAUAUACUUCCCAAGAAUAGAUACAACACAAGCAACAACCAAAUGCAGUUCUUUUCUGUUCCAUAAAGUUUGCCUAAUUUUUCUUUCCUGGGUUUGAUAAAUAUUUAGCAAGUUUAAGACCACAGGUUUAAGUGCUUGCUUUUCCAAAUGAUGUUCAAAAAAGUUUUCAUUUAAAUUCAAUUCUUUAUCGUUGCCUCGUAGAAUGUAGUCAUAUUUUAUAUUCUUUUUUUUUGGCCAAGUAGUUUUGAAACUUUCUCAAAUUAUUUCUUAUAAUUUUGAGUAUGUAAUUCUGAUAUCAGACAAUAAUUAGAAAUAAGGCUAUACAGUAUUGCCAUAUAUUCUCUCCAGGUGCCAUGUGUAUAUUUCCAAAAUAAAGUA